GAAGUGAGCCGCUGCAAACCGGAAGCCAAAUAAUGAGGACACGGUGAGGCUGGAAGUGGGGAAAGAGCUACACAGACGAACUCAUCGAGCACACCGAGUGCAACAUCAGUGUGGUCCUGUCCGCCUGUGCUUGACGACAAGCCAGUAACGGCCAUGUCUUCAGCGGUGGACCUCAAGACCAAGGAGGAGAAGGAUGCAGAGCUGGACAAAAGAAUUGAAGCCUUAAGGAAAAAGAACGAAGCUCUGGUCAAGCGCUAUCAGGAAAUAGAAGAGGACAAGAAGAAGGCAGAGCAGGAGGGUAUUGCAGUGACCACGCCCCGCAAGCCCCGCCCCCACGAGCCAGAGUCAGACCGUAGGAAGACAGAGAAAGAAAACUUCACGCUCGCAGUCGACACGCCCGGGUCCUCAUCAGGGGAUGCCAGAAUCGUGGACGAAUGGAAGCCGCCCACGCCCCGCGGUCGGAAAGUGUCCGAGGACAGCGACGGCCACAGCCCCCCCAGGAGGACAGGCUCGGGGCGAGUGGGGAGGGGAGGAGGUCCCAGAGGGGGUGGAGGCGGCGGUGGUCGCCAGGAGAGGAGAGAACGGGAACCCCGUACCCCUAGAGGUGGAGAGCCAGCUGAAAUGGGGGGACAAGGGCGACGGGGAGGAAGGAGAGGGAGAGGAGGAGGAGGAGGAGGAGGAGGAGAUGCAGAUGCUGGAGGGACACCAGGGGGCGUGGACAGGAAGUCCAAGCAGGAAUGGGAGGAGAAAAGGCGACAGAACAUCGAGAAGAUGAAUGAAGAAAUGGAGAGAAUAGCAGAGUAUGAGAGAGGACAACGGCAGGACGGAGACAAGCCCAUCCGUAACUUCCUGGAUGACCCACGACGUUCCGGCCCGGCUCCAGACACCGACCGCAAAGAGGGCAGCAGGAGACACGUACGAAACUGGGGCGGGCUAGACUUCGACAACGUGAAGACCGGGACUGACCUGGAGAAAGAAUGGACCAGUCGGCGCCCCGGCCCGAGAGGCUCCAUGGACAUGACCAUGUCGAUGACGGGCCGCGAACGGGCCGAGUACCUGCGCUGGAAGAAGGAGCGCGAGCAGAUUGACGAGGAGCGACUGGCACGCCAUCGCAACGCCACCGGCCAGUGGAGACGAGAGUGGGAUGCGCAGAAGACGGAGAACAUGUUCAAGGACGACGCACAAGUGGCGGCAGAGGGUGUCACGGCAGAGCAGGGUGGCAGGAGGGCCCGGGGGCGUAACUUUCGUGGCGAGCCUCGGGGCAGAGCCUCAGAUGACGGCAAGCGACCCCCUAAAACGCCCACAUUUGGCGACUUCCUGUCCCAGGGCAGGCAGCAGGGAUCCAGAGGAGACCAGAGCAGAGGAAAAGGAAGAGGACAGAAGCCCAGCUAUAGCAUGCAUGACAACCGCUGGGAAGGUGAAAAAGAAGAUGAGGAGACGGAGAAGAAUGACAAGCCAAAGCGGGAGAAGACCCAGAAGGAGAAAGAGAAGUCCAAACCUCCUCCAGAAGAGAAGGCGGCCGAGGCUGGAGAUGAGGAGGAUGAGGACCAGUGGGAAGACGCCAGCGAUGGAGAGCAGGAAGGGUCAGACGAUGAAAAUGAUUCCAGGGGCGAUGAGAAGAAAGACUCUGGCAAAGACGACUCCCCCACUACAUCCUUGCCUCGCUCCAGACCGUCGUCGGCCGGAAGCCCCAAAGAGCAGCGGACCCCCCGGCCCAAGGUCCACAUACCGCCUCCCUCAGCAGCCUCGCUGGGCCCAUCCGAAGCGGGGAAGCCUGUUAGCCCCUUCUCCCCGCUGGACGGCCACCAGCCUGUUUCGGACUGGGGGGAGGAGAUGGAGAUGCUGUCACCACGGAGCAGCAUGGGGGGAGAGAGCUCACUGAAACCCCCCAGUGCUGAGAACAGCCCUGCACAAAAGAAGGAGGAGGCGGAGGACACCACCACCGUUGAGGGGGACACAGCUGCUCCAGCCACUCCAGAAAAGGCGGAAGUCCAACGAGCCGUCAUAGUCUCAGAACCGGAGUCCACUCCUGCAGACUCCUUGGAAACACCGCCAUCAUCGUCUGAGGUCACUCCAUCAGAGGUGUCUGAACCCGCCGCCCUGGAGGUCAGUGAAGACAACCCGGAAACGACUGCCCCCGAUUCGCAAGACAAAGCUGACAGUCCGCCACCCGCUGUCCUGGUGACCGAGGCCGCCGCCGCCGCUGAAGCAGGAAGAGAUGACGACAAUGACACGAAUGGAGAUCACGUCACUGACACCACCACCACAUCAGAGAUUCCCCCCCAACAGCCAACCUCAGGCUGAAGCCGCCGCCGCCGCUGGCUUGCUCCUGAAGACGAUGACAUUGCUGGAGUGAUGUCUCUCACACGCACAAACAAACAAAAAAAAACUUCACAAGGAGAGGGAGGGGCAAAGCCUCGCCGCCGCGCCGUGCUCCGCUUUCACUCGUCCGUCUUUGGGAGUGUCACGUCUCAGGGCUGACGGCAAGGCAGACGAGCACAUCUGGACAACUUCAUCACUUGAACCGAGCUGCUGGAAUCAGCUGACAGCACGCCCUGUGACCACACCCCCACAAUCCCUCCCUCAGAUGAACCAAUCACAAGGCUGCCCCGUCUGCACAGAGUGACAUUCACAUUUUUUAUUUGCAAUAACUCUUUUAAGUCGUCAUCGACAACAGGUAUUUUUCUACAGUUUUUAUCUGAUUUAAGCGGCAGUCGGCAGGCAAUAUGCAAAAUAGUCCACUGUAUAGCCAAUUGUGCAUUUAAAUGUUCAAACAAAAGGAUGCACUUGUUUUCUGUUGCCCCUUUCUUGUUGAGCUCAGGUUAGUUGAUGUUUCUGCUGCAAUGCACACGUCUUAUGUCACUGCAGUAAUACAUUCUCUGCUCAGAAGAUGGGAACUACAAUAAGGAUUCAUAAUUAGGUGUUCCAAAAAUUCUCCUCAGUUUGUAUAAUGCAAGAUUGAAAUGGACAAUUAAGUGUAUGUGUGGAAACGGGUCUCGAUGUAUUCAUGAUAUGACACAGACCCUAAAGCAGCUGCUUAAAGCAAUGAAUAAAAAUUCCAUGUCAGGAGGUGAA